AUGGCCUCCGCGUCUCAUGACCCUGGGCCAGAUGAGGAGGAGCAGGAGGAGCAGGAGUUUGUCUGUGGACAGUCAAGUGGCUCGCGAUCCAGGCAUCGAGUGCAGACAGCGAAGAAAGGUCAGCGCGGUCACUAUCCUAGACCGCGGGCACUUCUGCCUCCAUCGCAGAGGGCUCGGCCCACUCAUUUCGUGGCCAUUCACUUGAAGUCACGCGAGAUACAGCGCUGUGUGGAGCAGCUGCAGCAGUGGUUUGUCGCACAAGACAAGCUCUUCGAGCGCUGCCUGGUUCCCAUCAAGCGUCUUCACACAGCCCUUCUGCUUACUUCCUUCGAGGAGCCUCGGCUCAGUGAAGCAAGACAGGUUGUGUCGCAGGCAGCUCGGACUAUCCGAGAAUUUCUAGGCGGAGAAUCCGUGCAGCUGAGAGCCGAAGGUAUUGGUUCUUUCGGUGGCCGUGUCGUCUUCGCUCGUGUUCGAACCGAGCCGCCUGAGCUCCUGCAGGCUAUGCACCACUUGCUCUGCAGGGUCUUCAUGCGACACAACUUUCCGAUCUUGGACGACACUGGCCAGGCCUGGUUGGCCCCGGGCGAGGAACCGCGCCAGUUCUCUGGACAUGCAAGCUUCCUCAAGGUCACAAAGGGAAUGGCUCAUUCUCGUACUGAGGAAGAGAAGAACUCCUUCAAAGCACUUCAUGUGUCCGAUGAGGACAUUGCCAAGUGGAACGGCACUUGUCUUGGCACCCAGCUGUGUGGCGACUUUGAGCUUCUCUCAAUUCUGGGAACGGCUCAUGAUGGCUACUACCCGCGGAUUAAAGUGGAGAAAUUGCCUGGGGCAGAAGAUGUCAUGCAGUCUGCCAGUUCCAUGUGCCAGGCUGGUGAUCUGCCGUCGAGAGGCGUGGCCGAUGCCGUGGAGGAGGCUUGGCGGUCCAAACCGCCUUCUCCUGAGAAGAGUGAGCCUGAAGCUGCUGUCAUUAAUGCUGCUUCCGGCCAGGAGACAGGCGACGCACUGCGAGACUCUAAACGCAGGUUAAGUCGACUGGGUCCUGACGUCUGGCAGGUUGUGUCGCAGGUGAUAACCAUCUGUGACCUGUUGUGCUUGGCCACAGCUGCAAAGGAAACCCUGACAAUCGUGCAGAGCGUGGUUUGCAAGGCUAAAGUCACGCUGUUCUCAGAGACAGCGCAUGCAUCUUCUUGUCUAGAUGGCAGUUGCUUAGAUUGGGACCGCAACCGCAUCGAAGGCACUCAAUGCCCGGCCCUCCAGAUACGUUCCCGGGAGGACUUCUUGUCCCAGCCCGCUGGAGAGCAGCUCUUUGCGGACAUUGGGUUUGUGGAGGAUUCUCAGCAGCUGAUUUUUGGGCGAAGCUUAGAAGGCCUCCACACUGCGCUGCGGGAGGCCCUGCCUUUGGCCUUCGGUGACCUGCACAUGGAGGUCGAGGCUGUGCGCAACAUUAGCAGUCCAACGAAGACUGUUCUUGAUACGCUCUGCGCAGCGCAACCAGAGAUAGUUGGCAUUGAGGGGCUAGCAGUUCAUGAUCUGCCUGCAUGGGUCCACUGCGUUCAGCAGCUCACUCGUGCGUGGGGUGCUGAGACCAACCUUGAUCUGAUGGAGCAGCAGGUUGGCGGAGGACACAACUCCAUUCAUGAUGACACAACCGCCGCCCAGGUCGGUCUCAAGCUGGCUCCUAUCCAUGGAACUGUCCACUGGUCCCAGCUGACGCCUCUCUUGCUGAAGGCAUUUGGACCCGCCUGGUUUGAGACCGGAUCAAUCUCUGUCCACUUCGUGAACAUGGUGGGCCAUCGUCAGCCUGUGCGGGCAUUCAUUGCAGAGCCUGAUCCUUCCAAGUCAGCCCAGCAACUGGAAGUGUGGAUGGAGCACCUGGACGGCCGGCUGGUCUUCGAAGGCACUGCCAGUGUGGGCUUGCGACCAGGCGAGAUGACAACAAUGGCACAAUCAAAGAUUGCAAGCAUUAAGCCAGUGAAAGGAAGGCUGCUCUUCACCCGCUACGAUGUGGGCACUCAAAGCCUGCAGCCUGAACCUGCAAAGAUUGAAUUCGAGAAGGUCAUUGGUCCACUGUUUCCAUAUACACACAGGAGGAAGUUGGAGCUCAUCACGGAGUUCCACCCCUGGUUCAGCGAGGAGGCUGGCCACACGUCUCCAUGGGGAAAGGCCAUCCUCCCUCCAGAGAGUUUCAAUCAGAUCAUGCUGGGCAGCGUAGGCGGAGCCCGGCCUCCCAGGUUUCCACCCGUCGCUGGCGAUGAGUGGCUGCACAAGGCUCUGGGGGGCCGGACGCCUGUUGGUCUUUUCGGAGGCUGCGAGGUCAUCAUGGUCAACGGGCCCAUUUUCGUUGGCGUGGAUUAUGAGUGCACGCGGGAAAUUGUCGGCAGUGGUGAAACACCGCGGGCCGAAUUCAGGUGGACAACGACAUACCUGCGAGAAAAGGGCUCGCAAAAGCUCGUGGCUCAAAUGACUCUGCAGGAGAUGCAGCUCAAGGCGUCGCUCGACGGCUACGCGCAGCUCAGAGCUCAGAGUGAUGGCCUGGUGCAGGUGGACAAUGCGGCCUACUUCAGCAAACUUUUGGAAGCUUUGCCGCCCCUUGUGAGAGGAUUAGACUUCCAGAACCUGGCGUGCACCUUUCUGGACUUUCCGGUCGCGUGCUUGCCGAAGGCCUGCACGGCAUUUGGCACCAUAGUGCUGCAAAAGGAUGUCAGAGGCUGCAGUGCGCGCGGAAGCAUGGACUUCGGUGAUUUCAUCAGUACCUUCCCGCGAUUUCCGCAGCAUGUGAGGUUGGUAAGAGCCUCGCUUGGCACGGAAGGGCACUGGGCAUUUUCUGCAAAGGAGAUAGCGGAUGUUUUCAGAGCGAAGUUUCCGGGUCUCGUGGUGCUGCAGUUGGAGCUUUCGCUGCGACAUUCAGCGGCGACAAGUGAUGUGCCCUUCAUCGAGCUGGCGCGGGCUUUGAUUGACGCCGAAGUACGUGUGGAGGUCACCAGCAUUCGUUGUCGGCCUCACCAGUAUGAAUUUCUCCGCGCAGCCUUGACCCAUGCUGGAGCAGCAGUGCAGCAGCUGGAAGAUGAAUGCGAGCAAAUAGCUUAUCCCUUCUCGCAUCCAAGGUUUGAUUGGAGCAAGGCAGGUUUGUCCGCCCAUUCCUUUGCACACGCAAAUGAUGCAGAUGCCAGGUCGGCGGCUCUUCUGAAGUUGAAAAGGCUGAGGCAUAAUUACCCAGCCGGAAAGCAACAUGCCACAACUUGUACAAAGCUUGAGUGUUUGGUGGCUGUGGCUUCCUGCAGCAGGGCUAGAGCCUGGAGCUUCAGGAGGAAGGUCAGUUCAAAAAGCUUGGAGCUACACUUGUGGUUGGGCGCCUGCUUUUAA